AUGGCUACUGUUAACAUCAACGGCAACGAAUACAAGCCCGGCUCAGGGCACGCUCGUCCACACGGAAUUUCGCUUUCUGAACCGAGACAUAUUCUCCUUCAGACAAAGCACGCGACCCCGCUGAAGAAAACGGAGAAAGGCAAGCUGAAAGAUGAGGGGGUUCAUAUCCAGGAAUAUUUCUCACCCGGUACUUAUGUUUGUGCCUAUCGGGGUAAUGGGCUUGAAAGUGUUGCAGGCCUGCCAUUCAUCCAGAGUGCAGAAAGCUAUCCGGAUGAGGUUGUUGUUCAUCAAGCUCUCAAAGAUUCCACGCCAGGACCGCCAACUGCGCGUACGGUCGAUAUCACUUUACAUAAUGACGCUACAUCGAGUGCUGAGCUUAAGCAGGAGAUUGCGGACCUGGCCAAAACCAAGGUAGAAGACGUCAAGGGAGACGGGGGCAAGAUCACAGUAACUCUUCAACCCCAUGCUCUCGAAGCUUUAACAGCCUUUGCGGGAAUGGACGCUAUCAGGUAUAUUCACGAAGCUCACGAACCCAGACCCGCCAAUGAAAUCACACGAGAUAUCAUCCAUGGAAAUGCCAGAAUUAAGAGUGAGAUAUACAAGGGAACCGGGCAGGUAAUCGCCGUGGCUGAUACCGGCUUCGACAUUGGCGAUCAAACAGACACUCUGUCUGCCUUUGCCGGACGAGUGAAGCGUCUCUACCCCCUGGGCAGACCAGACAACGCAGAUGACCCCACAGGGCACGGCACUCACGUUUGUGGAAUAAUAGUAGGUAACAUAAAGUCCCAACACUACCAACAUAUCGAGGCACCAGCAUCCGAAGCACAGCUUGUGAUACAAUCAUGCUACAAAACCAAAAACAGGACAUUGGGGGGCCUUCCUCCCGACCUUGCUGAUCUAUUCCGAGUCCCGUACGUGGAGGAUGGUGCUCGGAUUCACACAAACUCCUGGUCUACGGCGCCGAUGUAUGGGCAGCCUCCAUAUAACGGGGCAGCCAGGAGUGUGGAUGAGUUCGUUUGGAAGCAUCAGGAUAUGGUCAUCUGUUUUGCUGCUGGAAACGACGGUAGAGACGGGGCGAAGACAGGAAGAACCGACCCCGGGUCUAUCAGCUCUGAGCCAGCGGCGAAGAAUUGCAUCACUGUUGGUGCAUCCGAAAGUGCUCGACCUGAUAUUACGUGGGACUCCAGCAUUCUUUCUACCAAACCCAAGGAAUUUACAUACGGCGAAUAUUUUCCGAGCAAAUUUCCCAAACCGCCCAUAUCGACGGACCACAUGGCAAAUAAUGUCGAUGGAAUGGCGGCAUUCAGUAGUCGCGGCCCGACAAAGGAGAAGCGGUUUAAACCCGAUGUUGUCGCACCGGGAACAUGUAUCUUAUCCACAUGUUCCCGGAGACUUAAGAUUCCCUUCAAGCAUUACGGCAUCAGUAAAGACAAAGAGCUGAUGUUUGACUCCGGCACUAGUAUGGCUACCCCCCUCGUAGCAAGCUGCUGUGCUGUUAUCCGCGAGGCACUCAUCAAGAAUGGUUGUCCGGCCCCGACCGCUGCGCUGGUCAAGGCCCUUUUGAUCAACGGGGCCGUCGAGCUGAAAGGGCAAUAUGAGCCUAGCGAAGCAAAGCCAACGCCAAAUUCCGACUUUGGCUUUGGUCGUGUGAACCUGGAGAACUCCCUUAUUCCGGUGGGAAGAGGAACAACAGGGGGGUACAUUGAGGCGACACUGGACGACGAUGAAGAAAAGGACCCGUACAAGCUCGAGAUCACGGUGCCGCAAAGCAAUGAUGGACAUUCCAAGUCAACCACAUUACCAACCCUGAAAGUGACGCUUGUCUACUCGGAUCUUCAGGGGGCAGAGCUUCAAAACAACUUGAAUUUGGCAGUUAUCUCAGGAGACGUUGAACGUCACGGUAACCAGGGGACAAAGGAAUUUAGGACUGAAGGGCCAUGGGAGCAAGAUGACUUUGAUAAUCUCAAUAAUGUGGAACAAGUGACGUGGGAAGGAAUCUCGCCAGGGAAAGUUAUAAUCAAAAUUCGGACAGCGUGGGUGACGAGCGACGAUCAGCCAUUUGCAUGCGUCUGGCAGGUACUUUAG